ACUCCCACUGAGCUAAAAAUUUAAAAUGGAGUUUUUCAACUUCGGCUGCUGUAAUGUUACCACUCUUAUGAUUUGUUCUGGUGUAGCAGUCCUUGGACUGGCUGCAUUCAGAUACUUUGCCAUCAUUGGUAGGUCCUGUAAUAGUAAGAGGCGGCUUGAUGGGAAAGUGGCAAUAGUGACAGGCGCUAAUACUGGGAUUGGGAAAGAGACUGCUCUUGACUUAGCAAGAAGAGGAGCUAGAGUUAUACUGGCAUGUAGAGAUGAAAAGAAAGGGAAAGCAGCUGUGUCCUACGUUAAGGAAGGUAGUGGCAGCGAGAAUGUUGUUAUCAAAAAGCUUGACCUGGCUUCUCUUGCGUCAAUCCGUACCUUCAGCUCUGAAAUCCUAGAUGAAGAAGACCGUAUUGAUAUACUUAUAAAUAAUGCUGGUGUUAUGUUUACGCCUUAUUGUCUCACGGAGGACGGCUUUGAAAUGCAAUUUGGAACGAACCAUCUUGGCCACUUCCUACUCACUAACUUGCUCCUCGACAAAAUCAAAGAGUCGGCUCCAAGUCGUAUUGUAACUGUCUCAUCACUUGGGCAUGUUAUGGGAUCCCUUGAUUUUGAUGAUAUGAUGUGGUCAAAGCAUUACCAGGCCCAGAAGUCUUAUUUCAGGAGCAAACUAGCCAAUGUGAUGUUUUCAAGGGAGCUAGGCAAGAGGCUGGAGGGGACUGGGGUAACCACUUACUCUGUUCAUCCUGGUGGCAUUAAUACUGAGCUUGGACGAUAUUUCUUUGCUGGUUGGAAGAUCAUAUUUAAACCACUUUAUAUUUCAACAAUGUGGUUACUGGCUAAGACACCUACACAAGGAGCACAGACCACACUUCAUUGUGCAGUAUCUGAGGAAGCUGAGGGGAUCACUGGAAAGUAUUGGUCUAAUUGUUCAAUAGCUAAGCCUAACAAGCUAGCAUUGAUUGAUGAGGACUGCAAGAAACUGUGGGAGUACAGCGAGCAACAAGUCAACCUGUAAAAGAAUAAACCCACAACUAACAUAUAUGCAUAGUAGCUGUAGUCACACUAUAAACAGUUGUAACUUGAUUAUAUUAGUUAUAGGUUAGACAUCCAUUAUUCUCAUGCCAGGAAUUUUUGUUAAUUUUCUCUAACACAAAUAUAUCACAUAAA